UAAAAAUCCGGGAGCGGAGAGUCGAUCUCCAGUCUCCCUCGGUCUACUUUAUCCAGUCGGAUAAUAUACAGGCCCUUCACGGUCGAGCUGCUCUGCUCUUCAACAAUGGCGUCCUUCUGCAACGCCGUUAUGGCUACCAGUAGCGACAACAGAUGGAGUAUGGCCUCUCUCCGAUCGACUUUACCGUCCGUUGCUGCUUCUUCUUCCUCCGCCUCGCGGUGCUUCCCUCCCGCUGUAACGUUUCCCUCAUCGUCUUCUGGCUCACAGAAGCUGCGAAUUUCUCCGGCCAAAUCCACGCUGUCCCUCAGAUCUUUCAAUGGUCUUUCUCCUAAAAACCCUUUGUUUUUUUCCGGUGCGUCCUCAGAAUUUACCAGCUUUAGUGAUUGCUUUACAAUCAUUGACAAUGGUGGUCGAGUUUAUGCUAUGAGACAUGGAAGACGAGUGCCAAAGCUCAACCGACCUCCUGAUCAGCGCCGGGCACUAAUUCGGGGUCUCACAACUCAGCUGCUUAAAUAUGGCCGCAUCAAGACCACCAGAGCAAGAGCCAGCGCAAUUAGGAAGUAUGUUGAUAAGAUGAUCACAUUAGCAAAGGACGGUUCUCUUCAUAAGAGGAGACAAGCCCUUGGCUUUAUCUAUGAGAAACAGAUUGUUCAUGCUCUGUUUGCAGAGGUUCAGGACCGAUAUGGCGAAAGAAAUGGAGGCUACACAAGAAUCAUCAGAACCCUACCAAGGCGAGGUGAUAAUGCGCCUAUGGCUUACAUUGAACUUGUGUAGCCUCUGCUUUGACAAUGGAUUCUUCAGAAAAUUUUUGUAAUGUUUAAAUAUUUUGUAUCUUGCUGCCUAAGUUUGUAUUUUUCUUGUAUCUGUGCCAGAACAAUCGAUCUGUCUUACUACUGAUUCUUUGCAUAUUGAAAUCUUCAUUCAAAGGAGUGGACAGAAGAUUAUUUUUUGGUUGGGGAAAUAAAGGCUAAUGUAA